AGGCGCGCAGUUCCGAGCGGUUUGCAGGCAGAAGUAAAGUAGCUGGCACACGCGCUCGAGGAAGGCACUCGAUAAGCAGGGGUGGGAGAGAGGCAACCAGACAAGUUCAGCAACGCGCGAGUAUCGAUUCAGUCUCGCGCAAACCACCCUUACGUGUCGUCGUGGCCGCUGCAACGGCAGCCGCGCGUUCCAGCCUCGCUUUUGCCAUGCCCGCCACCGUUGACAUGUAAACAGAGAGAUUCGCGAACAACGCUCGCGAAUAUCGCUGACUCGACGAGGUGACUCAUCAUCGGCGACGUUGACGUUAACCGUGGCCCGGGCAUCAUAUCAAAUAGCGGAUUAUCCUGCGCCGAUUCUGCGCAAUUAUUGAUUUAUUCUCUGGUGGCGUGUGCUUAAUUUUUCGUUCCCCUUUUUUUUUUUCGCGAUUCAGUUCAAGCCGGAUCGUUACAAAAUCAUCGACAAUUAAUAUAAGACGAUUCGCUCUUAAAGAUAAAGGAGGGUAAGAGGAAGAAGCGAAUCUCGAUUGCGCGCGCGCACGCACGCACGCACGCGAUCGCUGUCAUCCUUCCGAGAGCGCGCGUCACCGGCGCGCAGCGUCUUCAUUCGCGAGGGAGACAUUCGCUCGCACCCUAUCUACGUCCGACGUCCAUCAUCGAGCCGAAUAUGACGCGGCUCCGUCAUCUACAAACUUUACCGUGUUACUCUUGACUACGAAGCGCGCGGACGCCAAGAGACGUGACAAGUGCGGAACGAAACGUGAAGAGUGCCUCAUCGAGGUAUCAUGUCUUCGAUCUCGGCACAGGGCGUCGUCGAACGUGCCAGCGCUGAACUGACCAAACGAAUUAAUGGUCUGGGAUUACGGACGUCGAAGCAUCAUGGAAGCGGCAAGACCAGCGUUAUGGAACGCGUGACAAAUGUCUUCUGCGGCGGUAGUGGUAGCGUCGCUUACAUGAAUUUGCAAAGCGCAAAUAAUGCAAACGCAACGCCCGAGAAGCCCAGCCGAAGUGCCGCACAGACUAUCAACAAUGUGCCAGCGGGCAAUAAUAAGGAACGUUUAAAUAAUGUCACUCCGAGCAGAACUAGGAUAUCUAGAAACAGGAUGAAGCUAGCCGUUCCCUUGGCCAGCGGAGGAACCGGUGGUUACAUGCCACCAACUACAUGGGAGCAGCUGAUGCAGGACGAUAAUUUUCUUGGACGAUUUUUUCUCUACUUUAACGCUACGGAAAGAAGAACUUUAGCUCAGGUUUGCACGAGAUGGAGAGAUGUUUUGUAUGCAAGACCACGACUCUGGACGGGACUGGUGCCAGUGGUGCGUUGCCGUGAGGCUCGUGCCAUGCAACCGAGCGCGCGUACCCGACUUUACGCUUCUUUGGUAAGAAGAGGCUUCGAUUCGUUAGUCCUCCUAGGUGCGACCGAUGAAGAUAUUCCAGAAUUAACACGCGGUUUCCCGUUAGCACAACGAUACGUGCAUUCUUUAUCAUUGCGAUGCUGCGCGAUAACGGACAGAGGUCUUGAAGCUCUUUUGGACCAUUUGCAGGUAAAUUUAGUACGCUUACUUUUCGCUGCAUAUCGUUGCUCAAAGUUUUCUGUAUAUAAUUUAAUUAAUGUAUUUAUUUUUGUUUUAGUACAUUCCUUGCCCAAUUUGACUGUGCUGUCGCUUUCUGGAUGCAGUAAAGUAACAGAUGACGGCGUUGAAUUAAUCGCAGAAAACUUGCCAAGACUGCGUUCCUUAGAUCUCAGCUGGUGCUCAAGGAUUACAGAUGCAGCCUUAGAAUAUAUCGCCUGUGAUUUGAAUAAUUUAGAAGAACUCACAUUAGAUAGAUGUGUACACAUUACGGAUAUCGGCGUCGGUUACAUUUCCACAAUGGUUUCGUUGAGUGCAUUGUUUUUGAGGUGGUGUUCGCAACUUAGAGAUUUCGGUCUUCAACACUUGUGCGUCAUGAGAUCUUUACAAGUGUUGUCCGUGGCAGGUUGUCCAUUGCUCACAAGUAGUGGUUUAUCUAGUCUGAUACAGCUUCGACAUUUACACGAACUAGAAUUAACCAAUUGUCCAGGAACGUCACGAGAAUUGUUUGAUUAUUUACGUGAACAUCUACCGCGUUGCCUAAUCAUUGAAUAAAUAUUGAAUAAGAACCAAGAUUGAAAUAUUGAAUAAUACCUGCGAAUAAAAUUCGUUCAUAUGCAAAAAAUAUACGUGUCAAACAGAAGGAAUUAAGCACUGUAAGAAACAGAUUUUGAUUGAAGAAUGCGGAAAACGAUAGUUUGAACAAAAAGAUGGAAGUAGUAUAAAUGAGAAGGAGCAGCAUAGGAUGAAUAAGAAGCAACUGACGUCCAGAUAGUGAAGGAACACUGUUUUCCUCGUAAUAAUCUAAGAGAAUACUAGCCCUCAAAUCUUGCAAAAUAUAACACAUAAACAUUUUUAAUACAUUGAUGUCCCAUGCACUUUCGUUCGUAUUUUUUCAUUCUGCCACGUAAUCACGUUACGAGCAUGUAUGGUUGCAAUUGUAUCUAUAUUAAUUAGACAAAACAGAAAGGAGACUCAUAUGUGUAAUGUACAAAAGUGAAUAAUGUAUAUUAGAAAAGAUUGAUGAUGCAUCAAAAAAAAAAGAAAUUAACGAGUCCUUCCUUUCGCCUCCUAAUAAUGUAGAAAGUUUGAAUAAAGAUAUAGCAAGAGACUCAACAGUUA